AUGGCUACCACGCUCACUCAACCACCGCGCGCAUUGCAAGCGCAAACAACAACUUCGACACACGACUUGCCUUCCGUUUACAAUCCCACUCACGCGCUUCACCACCCUCCAUACCUUUCUGGCAUGGAUCAGAUUUCUGUCGACGACAACAACGAUUCAGAGAUGGAGGGUGCUGAUCACCUUCCUGUCGACGGACGAAACUCAGCCACUCCUACACCCAUGACCACCGUCAACGCUAUCGAUGCGCCGCCGCCCGUACCUGAACCUGUCUCGCCUGCACGCCCACCACCACCGCCCCUAGCACCUGUCACACGUACAGAAGAUAGUGAAGAGGAGGAUGAUGAUGAAGACGAUGAUAGAAGUCACAUAAGCGAUGAGCGCGCAAGAAGCUUUUACCCCUUUCACCAAGACACAACCGUUCCGGAUGCCGAAGAAACCAGGAUCAUGCGCGCAUAUACCGAGAACAGCGCUCUAGACGAUGCGCACUGGCAAUCAAGGACCUUUUUCGACCUACGAGACCCUGAGUUGGUCCCGAGAGAGCAAGGCAGCAUCGAGUGGACUAUCAAGGACUUCAACGGCACUAAAGAGAACCCUCGCAAGAAUUUACUGCUCACCUCGCAUACAGUCAGUAUUGGUGGCUAUGAUUGGAGGAUUAAACUGCUGCCACAUGGCAACAUGCAUACCGAUCGCCUCAGCUUAUACGUUGAGAACGUCUCUGUUCAGUCAUCGCCGGAGGAGCAGUGGUCUCAGCUACCUCUUCCUCUGCUAGGUGACGCGAAAGUUACAAGACGUAGUUCGGUCGCUGCACAAGUAUCAGUCCUUCUCUAUAACCCAGAAGAACCACGCGUGAACGAAUUCAAAGCAGACGCCUCUCAGUUUUCACAAGAUUCACCUGACCAUGGUUGGACUCGCUUCACGAGUGUGCCAUGGUAUGAAAUUCACCGUCGUUCUUAUGCUCAACGACAGCCUCUACUUCGCAAUGACACUCUAGCUGUCAAAGCUUUCAUCCGUGUGAUUGAUGACCCUACUGGCUGCUUGUGGGCUCCCAAAACAUCUCCAAAAAUGGCACUGACUGGUCUGCACCCUUUUUGCGACGACCGAGAAGACUCUGCGGUGUGCCCUGUGUUGGCCUUGUGGUUGCAUCUGCGACCGUUCCGUGAGAUGAUUUACCGGCUCGGAGCUGCCGAUCUAUUCACCAAGGAUGGCGAUAGUACAACCACUGAAAUCCAAUCGAUGCUAUGGCGCAUGCGCUCCAGAAUUGGUUGGGAGAACGAGAACAGUUACGCACCAUACAUUGGCGACUUUAUCGACGACUUUGCUUCGAGAGGCUCCCAGCAUACCAUGCAGACUAUGGACGCCAUGCAAACUAUGAGUGUCAUCCUUAGCGAUCUGAAAUCCGAGCUCAAAGACAAUGAAGCCGCCCUCAAGGAUUUAACAGACCUGUUCGGAGCAGAUUCAUUCUCCGGUGAUAGAAAGACGAAGCGGCCGAUAGAGGGCAAGGCUUCGAUCCAAGAAAUUGUCAAUGAUGGCUUGCCUCAGGAUCUGCUUCAGAGCGAAGUCCUUACACUUGAGCUCGAGCGUCAGGUCUUUGACUUUGAAAAACGAGUGUGGUCGAAACUGCUCAACAAGGUCCAUCUAGACGAUCAGAUCACGGCUUCUGACGGCUCUUCAUACACGCUCUAUGGGUUCGUCGCCCAUGAGGGCUACCUACGCAACGGCAGAUACACGAGCCACUUUCGUCCUGCCGGUCUUGGAGGCCUUUGGUAUACCUACAUGCACAAUAGAGAUCCGACAUGUCAGACCAGAGUACAAGCUGUGGCAUCAAAGGAAGGAGUCACCCAUGGCUCGGGUUCAACCAGGAUCGAAGAGCCCGUCGUGUCUUCCGAUUCUCCUGUCAACUAUGGUCAUGCUCUGCACCAAACCGAUGCCGUGGCUUAUGUGGUCGUCUACGUGCGCAGCCAAGCUCUUGGCCUUACAAUAAACGAGCCAUGGGACGUACCUGAAUGGAUUCCCAAGAUGUAUGGGCCUCCACAGAUAGACGCUUCCAAUGGCGCGAACACUGUGCAUUCUGACGGGAUGACAACUAAUGAAGACGAGGAUGAGGAGAUGAACGACCCACCUGAACCAUCUCCAGACCAAGAACCUGCCGACAGCACUCUGACGAAAGUCACGAUAAACUAUCUCUCGCAGCCCUUCUACCAGGGAUGUGUCAAUAGUAACUCAGACUACCAUGGUGCCGGCCGCUUGAUCUCCCUCAACGGUGAUGAUUACACCGGCAACUUCAGCGAUUCUCAGCGCUCUGGGUAUGGCAAGAUGCUCUAUGCCAACCGCGACACGUAUGACGGCAAUUGGAAAGACGGCAAACACGAUGGCCAUGGCGUCUAUACUCAGCAUCGCACUGGCAAUGUCUACGACGGCAACUGGUGCGAAGGCAAGAAGUCGGGCUCAGGUGUGAUGUACUACAAAGUCAGCGAGGAAGAUACCAAGCUUUGCAGAAUUUGCUAUGGAAACGAGGCCAAUGCUGCGUUUUACGACUGCGGCCAUGUCCUUGCUUGUAUUGACUGCGCACGCAGAGUGGAGGACUGUCCUAUGUGUCGUCGUAGAGUCAGAGAUGUGGUCAAGCUAUUCUAUACCGCUUGA